AUGGGAUCCUUUGAUUACUGGGACAGUUCAACAGUAUUUCGAGCUCAUCUGCCAACGCCGGAUGGAAGACAUGAUUUGCAAUGUCAAGACGAGUGGAGAGCGGCCAAAUGGAUCAGAUAUACUAUUUGGCAAACAAUGGUUGAGUAUUGGGAGACUGAAGAAGCACAACAAAGGAGUCUCACCUACUCUAAAGCUCGUAUGUCUGAUCAUGGUGGUCUUGGUCCUCACGUCCACUUAUCAGGGCCAAAGUCUUAUCAACAAAUCCAUACCAAAAUGGAAAGGGAAUUGGGAAGACCGGUUAGUCUUGGUGAGGUUUUUAUUAAGACACAUACCAAGCCAUAUGGUACUUAUGUUGACCGGAAGGCGGAGCAAAUCUCUCUCAAUUAUGAGAAGAACUUGCAGCAGAAGUUGUCCGACCUUCGAGAACAUACUUCACAGCCUCCAGAGCUCACAGCAGAUGAUUACACAAGCAUCUUUAUUCAGUCUACUCAUAAAGAUUCAAGAGGAAACAUGUAUGGAGUUGGAAGUCUUAAGCAUACUCUUCAACCUCUUCUCAAUGGCAAGGAAAACCAACGACAAGAGUCUGCAAUGUUUCAGUCAUUGCAAGAGCAAAUGAAGGAAACUCAACGUCAAAUCGAAGAGCAGGCUGCUUAUAAUUCUCGUCAUGAUGCUGAGGUUGCUGCUCGUGAUGCAGAGGUUGCUGCCCGUGAAGCACUACAUUUCCAAGCUGUGGCUGAGUAG